AUAUAGCGUGCGAUUCUUUAGAAAAAAGAGAUAUUAUAGUUGAAAAUGGUGCACUUGCGCCACUGAUGUGUAUGUUGAAGACAACCAACAAACACGUCUUGAUGAUGACUAGAUGGACAUUACGAAAGACGUGCAGUGAAAUCAUUCCACCAAGAUUUGCAGAAAGUAUUGUUAAUUAAUUUCGACUUUUUUUAUUACCAAUUGCAUGUUGUCUUAUUUUUUUCUUCAUCAAAUAUCUACUGUAUUGUCCUUCUUCCUGGAAUUAUUAGCACUGACAGAAGAAGAUAAGCCGGAUGAGAGUGCUAUACUAUCCGGACUCCAAGUUAUUAUAUUUGUUGACCAUUCAAGUGAAGUAUACAAAGUCUUAGCUGAAAAAGGGGUGUACUUGGAAAUCGUAAAAUUGCUUUUCUAUGAUCCCAAAUAUAGCAAGUUUAUUUUGUAUGUUUUGAUGGUCAUGGGAAAUUUGGCACAGUGUGGAAAUACUCAAAAACAAAUCAUAAUCGACACUUGAGCACUCUUUGGCCUUAAGUGGCUACUUGGGCCAUCUCGCAAACUAUCUGACAAACUGAUUCUUAAAGAGGCAUGUUGGGUAAUAGGAAACCUCGCACGUGGAAAAGGGACCAUUUACAGGUAAAUAUGAUUUGACCUCAAAAGUAUUUGUUUGUUUUAAAACUAUAAACUGUAAUCUUAUCAUAGGUGGACAAUUGGUUACUUAAGCAAUGUAUAACUUUGUUUUUUUUUUUUAAUCUGAACUCUAAAUUUGUUCCUGGAUAAAUAAGCAAUCAUUGAGAAGGGUUUUUUUCCUAUUCUGAUUGAUGUUAUGAAGAAUAAAGUUGACACGAGAUAUGAGGCGGCAUGGGCCAUUUAUACGGUCAGCUGUGGAUGCUUUAAACAAACAAGAGUUGUCUGUCUACAAUCAAGCUGAUUCCUCCACACAAGUACGAAACUAGAGCCAAAGUCAGAAGAAGAAUGGAAUACCAAUAGCAACACAAUGCAGAUGUCAGAAUGGAAAUUGAUGAAUUGAAGUCAGGCAUGACCAAGCUAAUUGAAAUGCUACAAGUUUUGAUUGCUAGAGGAGAACCGCCUCAGAAGACUGUCAUUGUUGAAGUCCCAAGUGCUGAUGUUGAACCUCAACCUACUCAACAACCACCUUCUACAUGGCAUGAGUUUGGUUUGCCACAUGGUUACACUCCUCCCUAUGAGAAAACUCCUGGUGUUGGUCAAUCUUCACAACUUGUGAUGGGCCAGUCUUCAAAUCAAGUGUUUCGUGCUCCUAUCAUGACUGAAUCUCAGCCUAUUACGCACACUAUGGCUCAACCUACUUAUGUGAAUCCUUUGUUUGAACAUCAAGCUGCUCGUUCCCAGAAUGGAAGUCAAGGAGAUGCUGGAGAUAUUGAAGAUGUCAAAGAGCAAUAUCAAAUUCUAGAAAAGAGACUUAGGGCCAUGGAAGGCAAUGAUUACUUUGGGGUUGUCGCUGAAAACAUGUGUUUGGUUUCUGAUGUUGUCAUGCCUACAAAAUUCAAGACUCCUGAGUUUGAGAAAUAUAAAGGGAACACUUGCCCAAGAAGCCAUUUGAACAUGUACUACCGCAAGAUGGCUGCUUAUACCAAGAACGACAAACUUCUCAUCCAUUGCUUUCAAGAUAGCCUGAGUGAAGCCUCUUUGAAAUGGUACAUGGGACUUGAGGGGAAUCACAUUCGUUGCUUCCAAGAUCUAUCUGAUGCUUUCAUGAAGCAAUAUAAGUAUAAUCUGGACAUGGCACCUGACCACCGACAAUUGCAAAGCAUGUCUUAAAGAGAGAAAGAAUCCUUCAAAGAAUACGCUCAACGCUGGAGAGAGUUAGCUUCUCAAGUUGAGCCACCAUUGGCUGAGAAAGAAUUGUCUGGAAUGUUCAUGGAUACUCUCUCACCUUUCUACUACGAGAAGAUGAUUGGAAGUAUGUCCUUAAACUUUACAGACUUGGUUACCAUUGGUCAGAGACUGGAAGAAGGAAUCAAGAAUGGGAAAGUUGCUGAAUCUUCUGGUGGAGCAAAGAAAACUUAUGGAAACUUCCAGAAGAAGAAGAAAGAGAAUGAGACUAAUGCUUUGUUGGAUGAUAGAAGAAGAUCUCAUCGUAGACCUCAAAAUGGUGAUCAACCUUAUGUAGCCGCUGUCGCUCCUGUGCAAGUUCAAGUUCCUCUACCUCAGGCUGCUAAUCAGAAUCAGAAUUGUGGUAGGACAACUUAUGAUCCUAUUCCCAUGACUUACACUGAAUUUUAUCCCGCGUUGAUUCGGAAAGGGUUGAUCACAACAAGAGCCAUGCCUCCUCCUCGAAACCCUCCCUCAAAAGGAUUCCAGUCUGAUCUUCGUUCUGAGUUUCAUCAAGGUGGGGUUGGCCAUGAUUUAGAAGGUUGUUAUGCACUGAAGACUAGAGUGCAAGAGUUGAUGAGAACACAUAUUUUAUAUUUCAAGGAUGUUGAUCCCAAUGUUGCAAAUAAUCCUUUGCCAAACCAGAGUGUCUAAAGAGAAGUCAAAGCCAGAUGGUCUCCUAAAGCCAAGUGUUUCAGAUGGGAUAUCUCAUCCUUGUUGCUGAUUAGUCAU